CCCGCGGCCGGGCCCGGGCGCGACGGGACGCGUAGGGGACCGGCGUCGGGGGUCGCGGGCGCGGCCCGGGGCGGGGGCGGGGGCGGCAUGGAGCGGAGGUGGGUCUUCGUGCUGCUCGACGUGCUGUGCGUGCUGGUCGCCUCUCUGCCUUUUGCCAUCCUGACGCUUGUGAGCGCCCCGUAUAAGCGAGGGUUCUACUGUGGAGAUGACUCCAUCCAGUACCCCUACCGUCCAGACACCAUCACACAUGGGCUCAUGGCUGGGGUCACCAUCACGGCCACCGUCAUCCUUGUCUCCGCCGGGGAGGCCUACCUGGUGUACACGGACCGCCUGCAUUCCCGCUCCGACUUCAACACCUACGUGGCAGCCAUCUACAAGGUGCUGGGCACCUUCCUGUUCGGGGCCGCCGUGAGUCAGUCGCUGACGGACCUGGCCAAGUACACGGUCGGCCGCCUGCGGCCCAACUUCCUGGCCGUGUGUGACCCUGACUGGAGCCGCGUGAACUGCUCCGUGUACGUGCAGGCGGAGAGGGUGUGCAGGGGGAGCCCCGCCAACGUCACCGAGUCCAGGCUGUCUUUCUAUUCCGGACACUCCUCCUUCGGGAUGUACUGCAUGUUGUUCCUGGCGCUCUACGUGCAGGCCCGGCUCUGCUGGAAGUGGGCGCGGCUCCUGCGGCCCACGGUGCAGUUCUUCCUGCUGGCCUUUGCUCUCUACGUCGGCUACACCCGCGUGUCUGACUACAAGCACCACUGGAGUGAUGUCCUCGUUGGCCUCCUGCAGGGGGCGCUGGUGGCCGGCCUCACUGUUCGCUACGUCUCUGACUUCUUCAAGUCCCGGCCCCCACAGCGCUGCCUGGAGGAAGAGGAGCUGGGACGGAAGCCCAGCCUGUCCCUGACGCUGACCCUGGGCGAAGCUGGCCGCAACCACUGUGGGUACCCGGUCUCCUCUUCCUGAGGUGGGGCCCCCGGCUCUGGGUCCAGUGGGUAUCAGGCUGUGUUCGGGGUCCUGGCCGGGCUCUCCCCUGAGGUGGGGAGGGGGGCUCUGGACCAGCUCCAGGGGCCCUGUGCUGGUGGCCGGCGGGCCACCCACCAACCCCACCUCCUGUGUGCUGGACCCACGGUCUGGGGGUGCACAGGGUGGCCC